UAAUUUUUUUAGAACGAAAAUAUCGAAUUCUAAUAGUCGUAUGGAAUCCUGGGACGACUAUGGACACAAAGAAGCAUCGAUGCUUCUCUCGAAUAAAAGUGAAUGGAUUGAAACACGGUUGUUUAUUUGGAGCCAGGAAAAUAAGAUGGAAAAUAUAGAAUACCAGAAAACUCUGCAGAACUUCUUGCAAGAAGUAGACGUGUGUCAUCCAAAUUGUCGGCCAGGUGUACCACGUGAUCCAUAUUAUCGAAUGGAUACCGCCAACCAUUUUCUUCCAACGUCUCUGUUCGAGGAGUUGGUCAAACGCUCCGUGUCCGUUUUGAAUUUCUUGAGUAUCCGGGCCGUCGCUAAGUACAGAAGGAUAUUGCAGGCAAAACUAACAGAAACUACCCCCGAAGUUAUCCAGUGUUUGAAAGCAACCACUGCAAAUAAGUACAGAUAA